AUGUUCGCCAUGCAGCGCCUCGUAGUCUCUGCACUACUGAUUUUGACCGUGGUCUUCAUGUACAUGGCCCAGACGGCGGAAGCUGCCAAAGGCCCCAAGAUCACCCACAAGGUCUACUUCGAUGUCAGCCAUGGCGAUGAGCCCCUGGGUCGCAUUGUGAUGGGUCUCUAUGGCAAGACUGUCCCCAAGACCGCCGAGAACUUCCGAGCUCUGGCUACUGGCGAGAAGGGCUUUGGAUACGAGGAUUCCACCUUCCACCGUGUCAUCAAGAACUUCAUGAUCCAGGGAGGUGACUUCACCAGAGGUGAUGGCACUGGCGGGAAGUCAAUCUACGGCGCCAAGUUCCCCGACGAGAACUUCAAAUUGAAGCACUCCAAGAAGGGUCUCCUCAGCAUGGCCAACGCAGGAAAGGACACCAAUGGCUCUCAGUUCUUCAUCACCACCUCUAUUCCAAGCCAUCUUAACGGCAAGCACGUCGUAUUCGGCGAAGUCCUCGAAGGAUACGAUAUCGUGGAGAAGAUCGAGAACGUGCCAAAGCAGCCCGGAGACAAGCCCAUCACACCAGUCAGGAUCACAAAGAGCGGGGAACUGCCAGUGCCAGAAGAAGGUAUCCACGUGGACCUAUAA